AUGGACAACCUUCUCAACCAGGCGCAGGACUUUAUCAAGUCGGGUAAGGCGCAGGAGUUCCUCGCGUCUGAGAAGGGCCAGGAGAUCACCAACAAGUACGGCGAGCAGUUCAAGAGCUACACCGGCGUCGACAUCAAGACCGUCGAAGGCUUCCUUGGCAUCAACCCCAACCAGGCUCAGAACCAGCAGAACCAGCAGAACAACCAGAACCAGCAGAACAACCAGCAGCAGCAGCAGGACAACAACAACAACCAGCAGCAGCAGAACAACCAGUCGUACAACAACAACGACAACCAGAACCAGAACAACAACAACCAGAACAACAACAACAACGACAACAUGUCUGGCAACAACUCGCAGCAGCCUCAGGUCUCUGAGGGCCAGUUCGGCCAGAAGGGCCAGUACGGCGCCGUCACCGGCCAGGGCUUCGGCGGCAACCUCGCCAAGGACUCGCAGGGCAACUCGCUCAACUCGACCCAGGAGGAGAACAGCCAGUCCAACUACUCCGGCUACGGUGCCAACGACAGCUCCGCCUCUGGUGGCUUCGGACGCAACGCCCAGGGUUCUGCGUACUCGCGCGCUAUGGGUGCGGCCGACAACUCGGCCAACUACGACGGCUCCGACGACGUCGACAACUCGGGCACCAAGACUGGCGCGAGCACCCCCGGCUACCGCAAGGACGGCGAGGAUGGCCAGGACGUCAACUCGCAGUUCUGGGGACAGAACCUCGGCUUCACGUCGAGCAACAACGACGACGAGCCCAACAUCUAA